AUGAUUCUGGCCAGCCAGCAGCUCUUUCCUUUACUCAUGCUUACUUUUCCUUAUCUCGGAGUUAUUUAUCUGCUUUUACAGGAGGUCAUGGUGGCUGCCGUUGAUCGUAGUCCAGCCGCGUCAUCUAAAAAGACCUUCAUCCAUCAGGAGUCUCUAUCAGCCCUGUCUCCGGGAUUUCCCCCCUCGUCCGAGUUCUUGUUAUCAACGGACAAGGUCGACGAGGAUACUCUGGCCGUGAAGCUGUUUGAUUUUGAGCUAGUAACCGCCUCCGUCGCCACCUGCCUGCAGAUACUCGCACGAACGGUCACGGAAGUUGCUGUUGCCAGAGAGAAACCGGCAGAGCCAGACCAGCUGCUCUACCUUGUCUCAUCACCAGUCUCCUUCUUUGAGUAG